UGUAAACCUUUCAGAUUGGUCUUGUGUAUUUUUUCAUCGGUAUUUGAGGAAACCUUGUAUUAAUAUAUUCUUCGUAAAGUGGAUAGUCAAAUACAUUUUCUAUGGCUAAUGAAUAUUAUAAUAUUGUAUUUUUACUCCUGUUUGGUUGUUUUGAUGAUUUAAGUGGUACUUCAAUACAGCUAAAUCCUUAUAUAAAAGAAAGUUACUCAAACUGCAAUUCAGGUUUCUUACAUGGUAUAGACAGAUACAUUUAUAAUGGUACUGUUGAUAUAACAUCGUAUGAUCUAAGCACGAAUAGGUUUAUUGACUUUGAGAUGCAACAAUUGUCAUCUAAUGACUAUAUUAAGAUAUGCCGAACAUCGUUAUAUCCUAAUUGUGAUCCAGCUAUGGGUGAAUGCUAUUGUAGAAUAAAAUCAAACUCUUUGGUGGAACUAUUUCUGAACAAAACUGCAGAUAUCAGAUAUUCAAAUGGUACUCUAAGGAUUACAUGGCCAAAAUUUACUUCAUUAGAUGAAACAAGCAAUGAAGUGCCCAUACCUAUAAUUUAUACUAACACUAUAGAGAUUUUAGAAGUAAACAGUAGUCCUGUAAAUCUAGAUAAAUGUGAGUCUGAAUUGAAAAAUUCAAACUUGAUAGAAUUUUGCGUCAAAGGUCUAAGUGCCCAUGCCCUGGCUUUGAAUAUUUCAUCUACUAGUACUCAAUCACAAAACGAAUGCAUUCAUUUCACAUAUACGUAUAGUAAUACAGAUAGGAGCCCCAUUAAUUUUAAUAUUUCCUACUUGGAGCAAGAUGGAUGCAAGAGGACGAAAUCAACAAUUUGUUACUUAAACAAUGUUUCUACAGCAAAUAUAACAACAACAGUCAACACCACAACAGACCUAAAGACCACGACUGCAUCUUCUGAUCAUGUGACUCAAACACCGAGUGAAACAAUGUCUGAAGGCUUGACAGGAGUGCUUACAGCUCAUGUCGUUUGUACAGUCAUUUUUAUUGUCUUAUCUGUCAUGGUUCUUGUUAACGUUCAAGUUUUUAUGCAAAGACAACAAAAAGGAUCUCAAGGCAGACCAAAGCACCUAAAUUUGUUAAUUGUUUUACUAACUCUUUUUGAACUGGCUCAGAUUAUACUUGUCAUAAUUGCAGGAGUCAAAUUUUCUGGUGAAGGUGGAACAUCUUUAGACAUUUGGAAAAUUAUGAUUAUUUACCAAGUCGUUGUUCUUAUCAUUGUAAUUUUAGCCGAAUCUAUCCUGCUUUGUAUAAAGACAUGUGGUAAACAUAUUCUAAUUGGAUCGCCAGCUUUUCACUAUGUAAUGAUAUUAAUAUGCAUCCAUACUGUCUUGGGUAUUAUUUUUAUACCAUUUUUCAUUGUUCAGCUUAGAAAAUAAAUAAAUCUCAUUUCAGUAUUUCUUUUCAAUGACAUCGGUCAUUUCAAUUUUUUGGUUAAUUAACAGCUUAUAAUUAUAAAUGAUAAUUAAUAAUACUAUACAUUAUUUUUUUUUUUUGGUUUUGAGUAUAUAUUCAAAGUAUUUAUAAAAUUUUUAUACUUAGAAAGUUUUAGUUAUAAUUAAUUUCAAUAUUAUGUAAUUGGUUA